AUGUCCGCCAGCCCUAUCUAUCUCGGCGUCGUUGGCGUCGGCGGUGUCGGCACCGCAUUCCUCUCGCAGCUUGCGCGCCUACCCAAUGCUCCGCAGCUGAUCCUCCUUGCCCGCUCAUCUCAAACCCUCCUCGCCCCGACACCGGCGUACUCACCGGCCAUCCCCGCGGCCGACUGGGCGACUGCCGCCGCGACCCCCUCUCUGACCAAGACCGGUGCUCUACCCGCAGAGGAGAUGGCGAACUACCUCGCCUCCGCGCCGGGGCGAGCAGUCCUGGUGGACAACACGUCAGACAUCAAUCUGGCGCGGACGUACCCAAUCUUCCUGAAGAAGGGCGUGUCGGUGGUGACCCCGAACAAGAAGGGUUUCUCUGACGAUCUGUCUCUAUGGAAGGAUAUUUUCGCUUCGGCCGCGCAGGGCAAAGCCCUGGUGUACCACGAGAGUACGGUUGGCGCUGGGCUGCCGGUGCUGUCGACCCUGAAGGACCUGGUUGCAACUGGUGAUGAGGUUACUCGUAUCGAGGGUGUUUUCUCGGGUACACUGUCGUUCCUGUUCAACACUUUUGCCCCUGCCUCCGGCUCUUCGAAUGCGCAAUGGAGCGCUGUCGUCGCCCAGGCCAAGGACCUGGGCUAUACUGAGCCGGACCCUCGCGACGACCUGAACGGCAUGGAUGUGGCACGCAAGCUGACCAUCCUGGCCCGUCUGGCUGGUCUCGAGGUUGCCCGCCCUGAUGCCUUCCCAAUUGAGUCGCUCAUUCCAGCCGAGCUGGCUGCGCUCCCGUCCUCGUCAGAGGGAAUCACCCAAUUCAUGACUCGUCUGCCCGAGUUUGAUACCCAGAUGUCUAGCAUCAAGGACACGGCAGAGAAGCAGGGCAAGGUUGUGCGUUAUGUUGGCAGCAUCGAUGUUGCUGACAAGGCUGUCAAGGUUGGCCUGCAAUACUUCGACAAAGACAGUGCCAUUGCCGGCCUGAAAGGCAGCGACAACAUCAUCAGCUUCUACACCAAGCGGUACGGUGCCAACCCACUUAUUGUGCAGGGUGCCGGGGCUGGUGGUGAUGUCACUGCCAUGGGUGUAUCUGCGGAUCUGCUCAAGGUUAUCGAGCGGCUGCACUAG